UUCUGUCUCCCUCACAACUCACUCCGGCGGCCUCCAGCUAUUGCAGAGCGACGACCUCCGAGUCCAGCGGCUAACCCACCAGCUUCCCAUCCAGUUCUCAUCACUGGCUAGCUAGACAGCCAGCCAGCUAGCCAGCCAAGGCAAGCCACCGGUCAUCGCACACGAGACGCUAGUUAGCUUCUACAUCAAGCUUAUUAGCCUCCGAUCCUGCUGCGAGAGAGCCGAGCGAGCGAGGAUGUCGAGCCGGAGGUCGUCGCGUGGCAACAUCUCCGAGGACGAGAUCAACGAGCUCAUCUCCAAGCUCCAGGCCCUGCUCCCCAGCUCCCGCCGCCGCGGCUCCGGCCAGGCGUCGACGACGAAGCUGCUCAAGGAGACGUGCAGCUACAUCAAGAGCCUCCACCGGGAGGUGGACGACUUGAGCGACCGGCUCUCGAACCUCAUGUCCACCAUGGACAGCAACAGCCCCGGCGCGGAGAUCAUCCGCAGCAUCCUUCGCUCCUGAUCGUGCGCUCCGCGGGCGGCCCCGGCGCGGCCCGGCCGCGAGAGGAGGUCAACGGCGACGACUACGACGGCCGCGGCCAUUCCCCGGCCGGCCACGUGCGGGCUCAAUUAGCUAGCUAGGGUAUAUAUAUAUAUAAUAUAUCUACAAAUAUGUGUAUCUUUCUCUUCUUCCUUUCACUACCUGUCGAUCGAUCUCCCUAGAUCUGAGAUCAUGUGGCUAGCCCCCCAUACCAAAAUGUACUAGCUGCACGCACGCGUAUGCUGAUCUCCCUGCUGCUAAGCUCCACCGGGUAGCUAGCUAGGACACUAGCGCUAGGGCCUAAGCAAGCUAAGCUUUAUCCACCCUCCUCACUUUAGCUCGCUCGCCGACCUCCUCCUCUCGCUCCCUCUCCAUGUGAUCUCUCUGUCGUCCUCCGCGCUAGCUCUUCUUUUGAUGCCCGGCUGUAUUGUUAUCCCUGUAAAUUUAGUCGGUGGCUUGGAUCGAGUUGGCUAGCUCUCUUCAGACAACCGACCGACCACUACUACCUAGAGCAAAUUGAUUAUCAUCAUCUGUCAUGGUGUACUGCCUGCCUCAGCUUUUUAUUAACCACUUUAAUUACUUGCGACGUA